GGCGUUCAGUAGAAUUCACAGAUAUGGGAAUCGGUGGCUGAUGGACGUCCAGCCACAGAGCGUCGGAGUUUGAACUCUAACCUGGAACUGGUUGCCACUUCGGGGACUGCCGCUAGUGCCAGUAAGCCGAGCACCAUCGCCCGCCCAAAAGUUACUCAACGCCGCCGACGCCCUCAAGAUGGUCAACGUUCCGAAGACACGACGCACCUACUGCAAGGGCAAGCAGUGCAGGAAGCACACGCCUCACAAAGUUACGCAAUACAAGAAGGGCAAGGAUUCGUUGGCCGCGCAGGGAAAGCGUCGUUACGACCGUAAGCAGUCUGGUUAUGGUGGUCAGACCAAGCCCGUCUUCCACAAGAAGGCGAAGACGACCAAGAAGGUCGUUCUCCGGCUAGAGUGCACCGUGUGCAAGUACAAGAUGCAGAUGUCGCUCAAGCGCUGCAAGCACUUCGAGCUCGGUGGUGAGAAGAAGACGAAGGGUGCUGCCCUCACUUUCUAAUCGUCUUCCCUCUUCUGUCUUUCCUUGCCUGCGUCUAUGUUGUUGCUGCCGUCGUAUACGCU